AUGCACGCUUUAUCGACGUUCCUCUCCCUCUUUGCAGCUGUGCCCGUCGUCGCAGGCCAUGCCUACGUAGUCCCCCUCUCCCUCGACGGGUCGGAAGCGUGCCAGGGCAACACACCCAACAGCAAUGGCGUCCAAUCGCCGAUCACGAUGAUCAACUCGGUCAGCCCUAUCCAGAACACGUCGAGCUCGGAUCUGUCCUGGGGCCAAGGCGCGCAGAAAGCGGCCAAGAUCGCUUCCGCUAACCCUGGAAGCACUGUCAGCUUCAAGUGGGUCAGCGGUACCGGUGCCAACUGGCCUCACGAGGCUGGCCCUCUCAUGACCUACCUGGCGUCUGGCGGCUGCGCCAACUCCUAUUGCUCCUCCGCCCGUUGGUUCAAGAUCGAAGAGUCCGGCCUUCGCUCCGACGGCGCCUGGGCGAUGUAG